GCUCGAGUCAGAGCUGUUGUUGUUGUUCUUCAGUUUGGAGUUGGUUCGUUUUGAUUAUUCUACACGCGAAGACUGGCGUGAUUAUCUCCGGUCAUUGUCUGCUGUGUAUCACAGCCUCGUCGCUCGCUCGUUCCGUUUGACUAAACCGCGGGAGGAAAAAAAGUUAGCAUGGCGCGCGCUAUCCCUACAGACGACGUUACGGACCGAUCUUCGCCAGAGACAACUCGCUCGGAUAAGGAGAACGAUAAAGCAUCGGCAAGGAACCGUAAGAGAGACAGCAUGGCCUCGAGGCCCAAUACGAAUAAGCGACAGCGCCUCGCGGAUCGAACAUCGAAUAUCCAAGGCAGCACGCAGUCACAAGUCCCGUCGUCGCAAGCAGACCGGAAUAAGAGAUACUACGAUCCGGAUCAGGAUGAGACUGAAAGAAGAUGGCUUCGGAAGGGUCUGAGAGACCUGACGCGGGAUCUCCAUGAUUCACGUAGCGAAUACCUACAGGCCGGGAACCACGGAAUUCGAGAUACCGUCAAGAAAGCGAACGAAUACUUCGACCAUGUCAAGCAGACUUCGGACGCCACGAUCGACUCCCGUCUUCUGGUCAGUGCAGCGGAUCUAUCGUACAAGAAAACAACGCAACUCUCGAUGGGUGAUGCAACAGCAGGCAUCGACGUGGACGAGUUUGUCUCGAAAUGCAUAACGUUUAUGCGCCACGGCCCGGAAGACUCGCACGCUAUGCUCACCAGCAGUACCCAACGUUUCCGCCCCCGUGCAGCCGGCAGAUCGCAAGUAGACCCGGAAGCUGAUAGUGAUGAGGAGGAUGAAGGAGAUGCUAUGAAUUGGGAUUGGCUUGGCCGUUCGGCUUGUUUCCAGCACAACGCUCGACCGUCCGUAUCGGGCUUCUUGCUGGGUCCCUUGUCGGUCCAGAAGCGCACGCGGCAGCAGACUCAGCGGAAAGCUCGAGAGCGUAUCGAUCCUUCGCAGGCUGUUCGACCUCAGGAGCUUCAAGAAGAGGAUCUUGACCGACAAGAGACAUCCAACCUGACGACCAUGUGCUCGAAGAUCAACAAAUUGCUUGCCACAACACAAGAGCAACGCAUGGAUAUAGUGGACCGAAUCCUAAGGCAGAUGGAAGACCCUAGCGAUGAGGUAAUACACGAGGUGAUGGACAAGUAUGAUAUUGCCGAUGAUGGCGGCAUACCGCUAUUUCUCUUCUGCAUCAACCCGAGGUCAUUUGGGCAGAGCGUGGAGAAUUUAUUCUACGUUAGCUUCUUGGUGAGAGAUGGCACAGUGGGUAUUUCUUUCGACAGCCGGGAAUUGCCAACACUACAUCCUACUAAACCAUACGCACCAAUCGAGGCUCAGAAGAAGGGUAUUCAGAAGCACCAAGCCGUCUUCAGCCUUGAUUUCGAUACAUGGCAAGCUAUCAUCGACCUGUAUGACAGAAAGGACUGCAUUAUUCCGCAUCGUCAAGAAGAACAACAGACCAGACGUGGUUGUGACUUUACUUCUGAAGUACCUCAUUUCGAAUUAUUUUUCAAGACCUUGAAGCACGUGCCUAAGUCCAAGCCGUACCUGUCGCUCGAAGCUCCCGACGAGGUACCCGCCAUCGACUACAGUCGCGGCAGCUCUCUAAACACGACAGAUUAUAUUUUACCUGUUAUCAAGCUCAGAAAUUGUGCCAUCAUGGCUAACCUCUUUCCGAACAUUCCAACACAGGUUAUGGUCAUCCGCAAUGUCACUCCGGACGUGGUGACCAUGAGCCUCCCUUUUGCACGAUUCGGGCGUCUCAAGUUCGGAGCGCGGGGGACAUUAGUCAGGUUAGCCUCCGGAUCCGUUGCCGUGUUCUCCCCCGUGUCAUUCACGCCAGAAGUACGAAAAGCGGUGGACUCACUGGGCGGGAAGCUCAAAUACAUUGCCGCGCCGGACAUGGAGCACCAUCUGCACAUAACAUCGUGGAAGAAGGAGUAUCCGGAUGCCGAGGUCAUCGGACCGGAAGGGUUAUGGGAGAAACGGCAAUCGAACCCGGAGUUCAAGGACACACCUUUUCAUCAUGUCUUCACGAAGGAAAAGAACAACGCUCAGCAGAAGAUUACGGAGGAAUUCGACUCCGAGUUUGAAGCUGAAUACGUGCACGGCCACGGCUCGAAGGAGCUGGUGUUUCUACAUAAACGAUCGCGGACGCUUAUUGAGGCGGAUCUUCUCUUCAACCUGCCAGCCAGGGAACAGUAUUCACUGACGAACGAGGCGGCAGACUCUGGGAUUCUCACGAAGGCGGUACACCCAUUCUUGUCGGCUACUGGGGAUGCGACAUGGCAAAAGCGGUUUGCAUGGUAUGUUCUUUCUGCGAAUGAUCGGAAGGCGUUCCGGGAGUCUAUGCAGAGGAUUGAUAAGUGGGAGUUCAAUCGGAUCAUUCCGUGCCAUGGGGAUGUGGUUGAGAGUGGUGGAAAGGGGAUAUUCCGGACAGUGAUGGAGUGGUUUUUGGAUUAUGAUAAGAAGGGACUAUAACUAGUUUGACAUAUUCUACUUUUGUACUGUAAUAUUCAAUGGCACUUUCUCUCGUCCUCCCAUUCUGUAGGGCUGAGUCAGUGGAUAUUCAAAUGACGUCAUGCGAGGAG